UUGUGUAGACACGUGUGUUCUGGCUCAGCGCUGUUCUUCGUGAAUAUCUCGGCCAGAAAUUCUGAAAAGUGUAGAUUUUCAGAGUGGGAGGAUGUCCGCGUACAAAGAGCAAAAGGCUGAGGAACCGCUACCUCAGACAGUGCAUAAGAUUAGGAUCACAUUGUCCGGCCGCAAUGUGCGUGCUCUCGAGCGCAUGUGCACCGAUCUGCUGCGUUCUGCCCGGGACAAGGAUCUCGUUGUACACGGUCCCGUUCGUAUGCCCACAAAAACCCUUCGAAUCACUACGCGUAAAACGCCUUGCGGAGAAGGUUCGAAGACGUGGGAUCGUUUCCAGAUGAGAAUCUACAAGCGCGUCAUCGACCUGCACUCGCCUGCCGAUAUUGUAAAGCAAAUUACGAACAUUGUACUCGAGUCUGGCGUUAAAGUCGAGGUGACCAUCGCAGAAUAGGCGGGUCCUAUGUUUGCCGAACGUGGCAAGUUAAUGUGCUGGCGGUGAAUGUCACUGGCAGAUUGUAUAAUUAAUAAAUCUGUCUACCGAGUUCAAA